CGACCUGUUGGGAUGCUGAGCUCCAGCUGCUUUGAUACACAGUGCUCCAUUUGGCUGCUGAAUGUGCUGCCCUUGUCACAGAUUCCUGCAGGAUAGAUUCCACAUUAGGUUCUGGGCAAGAUGACCACGCUCACACGACAGGACCUUAAUUUUGGGCAAGUUGUUGCAGAUGUUCUCUCAGAAUUUCUCGAAGUGGCCGUUCAUCUCAUCCUAUAUGUUAGAGAAGUUUACCCUAUUGGGAUCUUUCAGAAGAGGAAAAAAUACAACGUACCCGUCCAGAUGUCCUGCCACCCAGAGCUCAAUCAAUACAUCCAGGACACGUUGCACUGUGUAAAGCCACUGCUUGAGAAGAACGACGUGGAGAAAGUUGUAGUAGUAAUCCUGGAUAAAGAGCACCACCCAGUGGAGAGAUUUGUCUUCGAAAUCACCCAGCCACCUCUCCUUUCCAUUAGUUCAGAGUCCUUGCUGUCCCACGUGGAGCAGUUACUGCGUGCCUUCAUCCUGAAGAUAAGCGUGUGUGAUGCUGUGCUGGACAACAACCCCCCAGGCUGUACCUUCACAGUUCUGGUUCACACACGAGAGGCUGCUACACGCAACAUGGAGAAGAUCCAGGUGAUAAAGGAUUUCCCGUGGAUUCUGGCUGAUGAACAGGAUGUGCACAUGCAUGACCCCCGGCUUAUCCCACUGAAAACUAUGACAUCUGAUAUCUUAAAGAUGCAGCUUUAUGUAGAAGAACGAGCCCACAAAGGCACCUGAUUUCAACUCUUCCUUUUCUUCAAGCCUCAUCUGAUCUUCCAGCGGAGUAAGAUCUCUCACCACUCAUACCUUGAUAGCCCAGUCUCUUCAGCUGGCCUUCUGGAUGAAUGUAGAGCAGCUGCUGCCUCUUUAUUUCAAGUGCUCUUACCGGUGUAUAUAGAACUGACUUGGAAUGUGGAGCCAGAGCCUGUUCCCGUGUACACUCAUGUGUGAGAGUGAGUAGAGGUUUCAUUACAGAGAAUCCCUGGGGGUAGGAUACAGCUGACUGCAGUCGGCUCUUCGUACAAAUCCAGUUCUUGCCUUAAACAGGACAUCUCCAUUGCACACUGGUAGUGCUGACCAGGGAUCUGCUGUAUGCUCCACUAGAGCAAUGGUCUUAUACCAUGCGCGAGUGAGGCCUUAUGUAGCAUCUGUCCACUGUGACUGUCCCAAGUAGUCUUCAAUAAAUAUCAAGUUUUACUCCA